AUGGCGCGGCGCGGGCCGGGGCCCCGGGCGUCCUGAGCGAGCGCCAGCCGGGGUGCCCGCGCCGCCGGCCCUGGCCAUGUCGUCGUCCUUCUUCAACCCCAGCUUCGCCUUCAGCUCGCACUUCGACCCCGACGGCGCCCCCCUCAGCGAGCUCUCCUGGUCGUCCUCCCUGGCUGUGGUGGCCGUGUCCUUCUCCGGGCUCUUCACUGUCAUCGCCCUCAUGCUGGCCUGUCUGUGUUGUAAGAAGGGCGGCAUCGGGUUCAAGGAGUUUGAGAAUGCCGAGGGGGAGGAGUACGCCGCGGGCUUCUCGGCACAGGGGUCCCCUGCGACAGGGGCUCAGAACGGGCCAGACGUGUACGUCCUGCCACUCACCGAGGUCUCCCUGCCCAUGGCCAAGCAGCCGGGGCGCUCAGUGCAGCUGCUCAAGUCCACGGACCUAGGCCGCCACAGCCUCCUGUACCUGGAGGAGGUUGGCCACGGCUGGUUCGGGAAGGUGUUCCUCGGGGAGGUGAACUCGGGCAUCAGCAGCACCCAGGUGGUGGUGAAGGAGCUGAAGGCGAGCGCCAGCGUGCAGGAGCAGAUGCAGUUCCUGGAGGAGGCUCAGCCCUACAGGGCCCUGCAGCACAGCAACCUGCUCCAGUGCCUGGCCCAGUGCGCGGAGGUGACGCCCUACCUGCUGGUGAUGGAGUUCUGCCCCAUGGGGGACCUCAAGGGGUAUCUGCGGAGCUGCCGGGUGGCAGAGUCCAUGGCGCCUGACCCCCUGACCCUGCAGCGCAUGGCCUGUGAGGUGGCCUGUGGGGUCCUACACCUGCAUCGCAACAACUACGUGCACAGCGACCUGGCCCUGAGGAACUGCCUGCUUGCGGCUGACCUGACGGUGAAGAUCGGCGACUACGGCCUGUCCCACGGCAAAUACAGAGAGGACUACUUCGUGACCGCCGACCAGCUGUGGGUGCCACUGCGCUGGAUCGCACCCGAGCUGGUGGACGAGGUUCACUGCAACCUGCUGGUGGUGGACCAGACCAAGGCCAGCAACGUGUGGUCCCUGGGCGUGACCAUCUGGGAGCUCUUCGAGCUGGGUGCGCAGCCCUACCCGCACCACUCAGACCGGCAGGUGCUGGCUUACGCUGUCCGGGAGCAGCAGCUCAAGCUUCCCAAGCCCCAGCUGCAGCUGACUCUGUCUGACCGCUGGUACGAGGUGAUGCAGUUCUGUUGGCUGCAGCCUGAGCAGCGGCCCACGGCCGAGGAGGUGCACCUGCUGCUGUCGUACCUCUGCGCCAAGGGCGCCACUGAGGCGGAGGAGGAGUUUGAGCAGCGCUGGCGCUCCCUGCGGCCGGGUGGGGGUGGCGGGGGCCCCGGGCUGGCCGGCCUGGCUCUGGGGGGCGCGGGCGAGCUCGCGGCCACCUCGUCCUUCCCGCUGCUGGAACAGUUCGCGGGCGACGGCUUCCACGCGGAUGGGGAUGACGUGCUGACCGUGACCGAGACCAGCCGCGGCCUCAACUUCGAGUACAAGUGGGAAGCGGGCCGCGGCGCCGAGGCAUUCCCCCCGCCCGGGGGUGCGGGGAGCCCCGGCCGCGCCUCGCGCCUGGAGCUCUGUGCCCCUGACGGCGCGCCCCCCGGCGUGGUGCCCGUGCUCAGUGCGCACAGCCCCUCACUGGGUAGCGAGUACUUCAUCCGGCUGGAGGAGCCCACACCCGCCGCCGGCCACGAGCCUGACUGCGCUGGCUGCACCCCCAGCCCCCUCGCCGCGGACCUGCUCCCCGACGCCGGUGACCAGGACAAUGACUCAGAGGGCAGCACUGCCGCCUCGUUGGCCAUGGAGCCGCUGUUGGGCCACGAGCCGCCCGCUGAGGGGUCCUGGGGCCACUGUGACUACUAUGGGCGGGGGAGCCAUGCCCGAGACCCGCCCUGCCCGCUGGGCUCGCCAUCACCGGGGACCCUCGGGUUGGCACAGCCUGGGGAGGAGGACACCGACUGGGGCGCGGCUGCCUUCUGCCCACCCUUCUUGGAGGACCCAUUGGGCACGUCCCCCUCGGGAAGCUCUGGGGCUCGGCCGUCCCCGGGUGGGGAGGAGGUGGGGGAGGCCGAGGCAUGCAGGGCCGCCCAGCUCAGGCACUGGAGUUCCAACGUGUCCGCCAAUAACAACAGUGGCAGCCGAGCACCAGGCCCCUGGGCCCCGGGAUGUGUGGGGGGCUGCAUGGGCUGUUGCCUGGGCGCAGAACACGCCCUACAGGCUGUCCCUGAGCUGGCACGCCCCCUGGCCCUGGAGGACGCCAGAGAGCCUCUCCUCAGGCUGCAGGGGGCCUCCUCUGGCCUGGAGCUAGGCCGCUGCCUUGGCCCCCCUCAUCUGUGUCCUGCUGGGGGCCUGGCACCUGCCACCUGCCUGGUGACCUCGUCCUGGACACAGGGGGCUGUGGGCUGGGGUGACAGCCCCCAGACAGAGCCCAGGCUUGCUGAGGAGGCCGAGGGCUCCAGCAGAGCUCAGCGACCCCUUCCCUCCAUCCCAGCCCCAUCCCAAGAGGGAGCCCUGCUGCCUGCCGAGGAGGCUGGUGCCCUCGCCACCCUGCCUGCCUUGCCCCUGCCUGCUGGCAGCUGGGAGACUGCCCCUGAGGUAGCCCCGAGCCCAGAGAGCCGCACUGGUUCCCCUGGGCUGGAGGCGCCAGUCAGAGAGGAUGAGGACACAACAGAGGCCACUUCCGGCGUCUUCACGGACUUGUCCAGCGAUGGCCCACCUGCGGGGAAGCUGGAUGUGACGCCGGCCUUCUGCUCCCUGCAGAAGCAGGUGGGGACCCCUGACUCCGUAGACUCCCUGGAUAUCCCAUCUUCUGCCAGCGAUGGCGGUGGCUGCGAGGUCUUCAGCCCGUCGGUCACUGGCACUCCCGGCGGGCAGCCCCGAGCUCUGGACAGUGGCUAUGACACGGAGAACUAUGAGUCCCCGGAGUUCGUGCUCAAGGAGGCACACGAGCCGUGUGAGCCCGAGGCCUUUGGGGAGCUGGUCUCCGAGGGUGAGAGCCCCGGGCCCAAGACUCAGCUCCCCACCUCCCUCGGCGGCUUUGGGGAGAAGAACCCCUACCGUGACUCAGCCUACUUUUCGGACCUCGACACAGAUCCCGAGGCCAGUUCGGGCCCCCCGGAGAAGGGAGGAGGUGCCCUGGCCUCCAGGCUAGAACUGGAUCUGGAGAGCCCUGGGCUGCAGUCUGCACAGCCCUCGCCUGAGUCUGGGGUGCCUGGGGGGACACAGGGCCCUGGCCCCAGGGAGGUGCCGCCCCUGCGACUGCUGCCGCCGGAGGACGCGUUUCCGGAGCAGAGCACCUGCCCGGAGAGCCCCAGACUGGAGCCUCCCUGGGCUCCAGGGCUCAGCCCCGGGCGCCCCAAGGUUUUCCAGCUGACCCCAGUCCCGCUGAGCUCCGAGAGCCCCCGCCCUGACCUCCAGGAGGCCCAGCAGGGACGGACGGGGGGCCCCGGCGCCCCCAGGACCCCGCUCGGCUUGGCCUUGCCCGCACUGCCCGCGGCCGCGGAGGGCCGGCCGGAGGAGGAGGAGGAGGACAGCGAGGACAGCGACGAGUCCGACGAGGAGCUGCGCUGCUACAGCAUCCAGGAGCCCAGCGAGGACAGCGAGGAGGAGGCGCCCCCGGUGCCCGUGGUGGUGGCCGAGAGCCAGGGCGCGCGCAAGCUGCGCAGUCUGCUCAAGAUGCCCAGCCUGCUGUCCGAGGCCUUCUGCGAGGACCUGGAGCGCAAGAAGAAAGCCGUGUCCUUCUUCGACGACGUCACCGUCUACCUCUUCGACCAGGAGAGCCCCACUCGGGAGCUCGGGGAGCCCUUCCCCGGCGCCAAGGAGUCGCCCCCCGCCUUCCCGGCGGGCAGCCCGCACGCCCCCGGCGCCCCCGCCCGGCCUCCGCGGGCCGACACCGCCCCCGACGGCUCCGCGGCAGCAGAGGGCGGCGGGCUGGCGUGGGGAGACGGCUUCCCGCGGGGCGCGGUCCCGGAGGCCGCCCCGCCCGCCGCCCCGCCCGCCGCGCCCCCCAAGCCGGCGGCGCCCGGCCCGUUCUCGCGCUUCACCGUGUCGCCCGCGCCCGCGUCGCGCUUCUCCAUCACGCACGUCUCGGACUCGGACGCCGGGCCCGUGGGAGGCCCGGUGGCAGGUGCUGGGGGCAGCUGUGAGGAGGCUUGAGCCCCUGCUGGUCCCGCUCCAGGCAGCGGCGAGGACGGUGGUCGGCGUCCGGCACCCCGGCACCCCGGCACCCCGGCACCCGCGCGGCGCUCUGGAGGAGCGGGGCAGGACUACUCUGGCCGCUCGGGUUGGUGGCGAGCGGCUGGGGGUGCCCAGAGCCUCAGGCCCGAGCAGCCCCUGCCCCCAGCAGCCCCCGCCACCCCCGCCCUGCGUUACAACGGGCUGCUUGGCUUCUGCGGCCCGAGGACCUGCUCCCGGCUGGGGGCCUUGCAUGCCCGCCUGCCAGCUCCUGCGGUGAAGACAGGGCGCUGUGUCCUCGCCCGGGGGGAGAACGGGCACAGGCCUGCUGGGACGGCGUCUCUCUGCCCCCUUUGCCCCUUCUGCCGGGUUCUGGGUCUGCUCAGCAGGAAGAGGCCCCCCGGGCUGUGUCCCCCGCCACCCUUACCUCAGAGUCUGUGGCUGUGUUUUCCCUGGGCGACUCCACUACCCCGGGGCUCCCUCCCUACGUGGUCUGGGCCAGCUCCCAUCUGGGUCCAGGGUCUGAGUCCACGGCUGGAGGCCCGGGGUGGGGGGCGGGGGGGCUGCCCAGCCACACCUGUUCUAGAGGUGCCCGUGGCUGGCCCCGCACCCAGCUCCCCUGCGGGGCACUGCCCGCACCGGCCCAGCUGCGACGGGAAGUGGGGGCUGCACCUCCACCAUGUCAGGGGCUCCUGCCUGGCAGGUGCAGAAAGGGGUGGAGCUGGGAGGGGCGUGGGGGGUAGGGCAGCACAGGGAAUAUUUUUGUAACUGCUGUUGUCUGAGCGAAUGGAUAUGGGAUGAUUUUAAGUUAUUGUUGCCAAAGAGAUGUAAAGUUUAUUGUUGCUUUGGGGGUGUGGGUGGGGGACUUGUUUUGGGUUUGUGUUUUUCGUUUUUUAUUAGUUUGAGGCUUAGGAUGCUGGUGCAAUGAUUUUCUUGUUCCUUUUACGUUUGUUUUUUAAAAGAAACCAAGCUAAGAAAAAAAAAGGCUUCAUGCUA